GAGUUGGAGUCUCAGCAGUGACCGGAGUGUAGUUAGCAGUUAGCGGCUGCUGUAGCUAACAUUAGCCGCUGAGGGUGAUCUGGAGACGGACACGCAGAACAAAGAGGAGCCGGGAGCGGACCACCUGCCCCGGCGGCCUCCCUGCCGUGUGUCCGCUGCCUGUGAGCCGGUGUCGGUCAGAUGAGUGCUCGCUAACCGGGGAGCCAGCAUGGGAGAAGACUGCGGAGGUAACGGGGACCUGACCGCCAACCUGCGGUGUCGGAGCACCGGGGACCCGCAGCUGGACAAGGCGGUGCACCGGUGGUUAACCUGGGACAAGAACCAAUGGACCCGGGCUCAGGUGGAGUCUCUUGUGGCCGAGGCUCAGUGGGACGAUCUGAGGACAAGGCUCGGCAGCAGAUUGAGCUUCGGGACGGCCGGACUCAGAGCUCCAAUGGGAGCCGGAUUCAACCGAAUCAACGACCUCACUGUCAUCCAGUCCACACAGGGUCUGUGGUCCUACCUGUCCAGGUACUUUGCUGACCUGAGCAGAGGUGUGGUGGUUGGGUUUGACACCAGGGGACAGGUGGAGAGCGGUUGCAGCAGUCAGAGGUUGGCAAAGUUAACGGCGGCUGUGAUGCUCAGCAGAGACGUCCCCGUACAUCUGUUCUCUACGUUUGUCCCCACGCCAUUCGUGCCAUAUGCUGUGAAGAAACUAGGAGCAGCCGCUGGAGUCAUGAUCACCGCUUCACAUAAUCCUAAAGAAGACAACGGGUACAAGGUGUACUGGUGUAACGGCGCUCAGAUCUCCGCACCUCAUGACAAGGAGAUCCUGCGGAGCAUCGAGGAGCAGUUGGAGCCCUGGAGCGCCUCCUGCUGGGACGAGGAGCUGGUGGAGAGCUGCUCCCUGAGGACUGAGCCCCUGACCCAAAUCAACAGCUGCUACAUGGAGGAACUGGCCUCCCUCUGCUUCCACAGGGAUCUGAAUCGCAGCUGUCCUUUGAAGUUUGUCCAUUCAUCCUUCCACGGUGUGGGACACGUCUUUGUCCAGCAGGCCUUCCAGACCUUUGGCUUCCAUCCACCAGUCCCUGUACCGGAGCAGAAAGACCCCGAUCCCAACUUCCCCUCCCUCCGAUGUCCAAACCCAGAGGAGGGGGAGUCUGUUCUGGAGCUUUCUCUUCUCCUGGCAGAGCGGGAAAACGCUCGGAUCGUCUUGGCAACGGAUCCUGAUGCCGAUCGUCUGGCUGUAGCAGAGAAGUCUGAUGGGUGUGGCUGGAAGGUGUUCACAGGUAAUGAGCUGGCAGCUCUGCUGGGUUGGUGGAUGUUCUUCAACUGGAAGGAGAAUCAUCCAGACCCCGCAGACACUGGGAGCGUUUACAUGUUGGCCACCACAGUGUCGUCCAAGAUCCUGGGCACCAUCGCUCACACGGAGGGGUUCCACUUCGAGGAAACUCUUCCAGGGUUUAAAUGGAUCGGGAACAGGAUACACGAACUCUCCAAAACAGGGAACACGGUCAUAUUCGCCUUCGAGGAGUCGAUUGGAACGCUUCUUCCUGUGACAUCAGGUUUCCUGUGCGGCAGUAUGGUCCCCGAGAAAGAUGGCGUGAGCUCGGCCGCCGUCGUGGCAGAAAUGGCUUCUUACCUACACAACAAGAGCCUGAGUCUGAACCAGCAGCUCCACAACAUCUACCUGACGUAUGGAUUUCAUGUGUCUAAGACCUCCUACGUCGUCUGUCACCACCCGCCCACCAUCCAGAAGAUCUUUGGCCGGAUCAGAAACUUUGACGGCGAGGGAUCGUACCCGAAGUCGUGCGGUGGCGUCAGUAUCGUCCACGUCAGAGACGUGACCACGGGAUACGACAGCAGCCAGGCAGACCUCAGAUCUGUUCUUCCUGUGUCCAGGAGCAGUCAGAUGAUCACCUUCACGCUUCAGAACGGCGUGGUGGCCACGCUGAGAAGCAGCGGCACAGAACCCAAGAUCAAAUACUACACCGAGUUCUGUGCCCCGCCAGGGAAAAGUGACCGGUCCAGUCUGGAGGAGGAGCUUACAAAGGUGACGGACGCUCUGCUCGACGAGUUCCUGGAACCAGAGAGGAACAACCUGAUUCGUCGUUUUGUCUAACCCCACCUCCACGUACCUGGUCCGGCUCUGUGGUGUCACUUCCUGUUGUGUUAGAUCUUCUCUGUGGUGUCACUUCCUGUUGUGUUAGAUCUUCUCUGUGGUGUCAAUGAAGUUCAUGUCGGACUGAGGAAGAAGAAUGUGACCGAAGAUUGAGAACAUCAUGCAAGAGAGCAUGAUGGGAACUUGGAAGAGAGCACGAUGGGAACUAAGCAGAAAGCAUGAUGGGAACUCGGCAGAGAGCAUGAUGGGAACACGGCAGAGAGCAUGAUGGGAACUAGGCAGAGAGCAUGAUGGGAACUCGGCAGAGAGCAUGAUGGGAACUCGGCAGAGAGCAUGAUGGGAACUCGGCAGAGAGCACGAUGGGAACUCGGCAGAGAGCACGAUGGGAACUCGGCAGAGAGCAUGAUGGGAACUAGGCAGAGAGCAUGAUGGGAACUCGGCAGAGAGCACGAUGGGAACACGGCAGAGAGCAGGAUGGGAACUAGGCAGAGAGCACGAUGGGAACUCGGCAGAGAGCACGAUGGGAACUAGGCAGAGAGCACGAUGGGAACACGGCAGAGAGCACGAUGGGAACUAGGCAGAGAGCACGAUGGGAACUCGGCAGAGAGCACGAUGGGAACUCGGCAGAGAGCACAAUGGGAACUAGGCAGAGAGCACGAUGGGAACACGGCAGAGAGCACGAUGGGAACUAGGCAGAGAGCAUGAUGGGAACUCGGCAGAGAGCAUGAUGGGAACUCAGCAGAGUCCAAAGAAAAGAACAAAUGUGUUUUGAGGUGAAGGAAAAUGACGUUGAAACCUAAUGUUUGUUUUCCUGCAGUUUCUCAAUGUGGAAGUUGAUAAAUGACAAGUUUUAGUUUUUAGAUCAGCCGGCUGGUGUCAAAACACAUUUCAUCAGUUUUCAUUAUUCUAAUAUUACAUUAUGAAACUCCAACAAUUCUUAAAUACAUUCUCUAAAGGUAGUUAGAUGUUAAAAAAACAUGAAUGAAACUGUUCCUUUACUUUUCUGAAAAAAGAAACCAAUCAAAUUAUAUCUUGUGUCAGAAAAAGUUUUAAAAUCAAAGUCCAGCUUUGAUUAAACGUUGUUUGUGUUAAACUGCUUCAGUUCCUAAUGAAUCUUCAUCUGAUCUUCAUCUGGAUCAAUAAUGAAGCUGCUCAUUAAGUGAACCCAACACGUUCAGAGGAGAUGGAUCCACGGAGGUAAAGACCUCUUUGAACUAAAAGACGUUUCUGUGGAUUUGAUUUAUUUUUGUACUCGACAGGUGAACAGUGUUGUCAUGACGAUAGAGGCUUGUUCAGCUCCGUGUUGUUAUUUUAUUUAUGAACAGAGAAAAUCUUUAUUUUGAAUGAAUCAAAGUGAUGAAUCAAACUUCACAGUUUGAUUCAUCACUUUUUUUAUUCCAUCUGUCAAACUGAUGAUGUCAUCAACGUUACUACUUUACUUUAGAAAUAUGAAUUAAAGUAAUAAAGUGUAUUUUUCAGUUA